AUGUCUUCUACUCAAGCACGAAAAGCACUCCAUGAUAUAAUUCCCAAUUAUUCAGGCGAAUAUACACCUAAACUACUAGAUUAUAUCAAUUCCUUAUAUCAACUUAGUUUGAGGAAACAAGCGGUACUACCAAAUAAAUCCGAGAUUGCACGUUUUCAUUUAUGUGCUGUUGUUAUUGUUGAAAAGUAUAGACAAUCUUUUGAAUUACCCACUCCUGAUGUGUCAAGAAUACCAGCACAGCCUAAGGUGGCAGCGAAAUUACUAGAGACUUUUCGUGUGUUGAUAGAACAAGUAUCAGCUGCCAGCACACCUGUAUCAAGUCCCAAAAAGGCAAAACCAUUAUCCCAAAGUCCGCUGACACCAACAAAGAGUCGAGCAAGCAAAGAGAAUUUGAAAUCGGGAUCCCCUUUAAAACGUCUUCGAGCGGAAAUUUCGCAAGACGAGGCGGUCAAUGGUAACACCCCCAACGGCCAGCUUAAAGAUGUAGAGUCUCCCUUUAACCCCAAGAAGAGAAAAGAAUCCAAGGCUGGCACCCCAACCCAUAAAGUUUACAGAUACGACAAGAAGCAUGUUCUGAUAGCAGAUUUCAUAUCAUUCUGUAACACCUUCUACAUACCAGGCCAUAUCACCACCAAGAUGGUGGGCACAUUUUUAAUGCACCAACACAAGUUUCUAAAAAAAAGUGACUGGUCCUUGGCUUGUGGUAUGGUUUACGCCGCAUACGUUCGAAUAAAUAACAAAAUACUUUCAGAACUGGUCGGUACCAAGUCCCAGUUUAUGGACUUAUUGUUACAAUACCAGAAGGGAGGCUUACUGAAAUGGGCCAUGCAGUCUUGGUGUGGAAUAAUCGAAGAAUGGAUUCAAGAUGAGCCAUGGAUUCAGGAAAUAGAAAAAAAUUACAUGUAUGGUAGCAAAACUGCUAACGAAACCAAAGACUCUUUAGAAAGAAAAGCGAAAAUAGGAGAAGGCUGGGAUCUAAUGGAACGAUUUGGGGCGAUGAUUCACGGUGAUGCAAUUUCGUUAUCAACUCACCAAGAAAGGUAUUACGAAAACUGGCGUAACGAAGCAUUAGAAAAAGAGGCCCAACUAUAA